AUGGCUGGCUUGCAAAGGUCUGCGAAAUCGUUCAGGAGACAAGGAUCAUCGGGUCUGGUGUGGGACGACAAGUUCUCAUCCGGGGAUCCAUUGAAUCAAACGGAGCGUAACCAUCAACAAGCCGACCAGAAAGUCGGCCGCCACAGAGAGCUACGACCGUCCCAGAGCACCGGAUCGAUCCACACGAGCCAUGCCGUCAAGGUGGAGUCGCCGCCACGGGACCCGCCGUCUCCGAGAGUCUCCAGCUGCGGACUUUGCGGCAUUUUUGGCAAACCAGGCACUGCCCGUCAGUCGAACUCGAGAAACAAGAAGCGCAAAUCAUAG